AUGAAGAUCAGCCCGGGAGCUGAUGUCCAAAACGGGACCACCACCACAUACGAGCACAAGGAGGGAUCGCCCACCGAGUCUCAGAACCUGUCAGAUGGAGACAUGUUCGGAGAAGAUGUAGCAUACGGGCCGAACGGCAUUCGUGGGCUCCUCGGAAACUCAUAUGUCUUCGGGGCCGCGUUUCUUGCCUCGCUUGGAGGCUUCUCCUUCGGCUAUGACCAGGGCGUUAUCUCCAUUAUCAACGUCAUGGAUCAGUUCCACAAUACUUUCCCACAGACUAAGACUGCCUUUGGUACUAGUUUUAUGACUGCCAUGUUGCUGUUCGGUGCUUUCGUGGGCUGCAUCUUCAUGCCGUACGUGGCCGACAAGAUCUCGCGGAAGCGGGCUCUGACUCUGGUCGUGGUCAUCUUCGAUAUCGGCGCUAUUAUCCAAACCUCAGCUCAUAACUAUGGCACUCUUGUGGCUGGAAGGGCCAUUGGUGGUAUUGGAGUUGGUACACUUGCAAUGGGUGCUCCACUAUACAUCUCUGAGAUCGCCCCACCGAAUCUGCGAGGGACACUGCUCGUUCUAGAGUCUAUCUCUAUCGUAUCAGGUGUUGUCAUUUCUUUCUGGAUUACCUACGGCACCAAAGAUAUCGCCAGCGAAGUUUCCUUCAGGCUUCCUCUCGGAUUGCAGAUGGUUUGCGCCACGAUCCUCGGUGUUGGCAUUCAGUUCUUCCCUUACUCACCUCGAUGGCUAACUCUCGUUGGCCGUAACGAGGAGUGCCUUACGAGUCUGUGCAAGCUGCGCGGUCUGCCGCCCUCUGACGCUCGUGUGCAAAAGGAGUACAGGGGCAUCGUUACCGAGAUCGAGUUUAACAAGAUGGCACUUGCGAAGAAGCAUCCCGGAGCUGGGAGCUUCAAGCUGGAGGCCCUCUCGUGGCUUGAUCUGUUUGACCGGAAGAUGCUGCGCAGAACCGCUGUUGGGUGCGGAGUCUGCUUCUUCCAACAAUUCUCUGGUAUAAACGCCUUCAUCUACUACGCUCCUACACUCUUUCGCUCCAUUGGACAGUCUGAUGAGAUGUCCCUUAUCCUGUCGGGUGUCUUUAAUAUCCUUCAGCUGGUUGCUGUUGCUAUCUGCUUUGUUAUUAUCGACAAGUUGGGACGAAGGCCGUUAGCCAUUAUCGGUGGUUUCGGGUCCUGCGCCUGCUAUAUCAUCAUUGCUGCUUUGGCCGGUGUUUACGAAAAGGACUGGCAAGCAAACACGGCCGCGGGUUGGGCAUGCGUCGCCAUGGCCUUCUGUUUCAUCAUGGUUUAUGGUGUUUCCUAUUCUCCGCUUGGCUGGAGUUUGCCCGCUGAGGUAUUCCCCAACUCUAUGCGUGCGAAGGGUGUCGCUCUGGCUACCUGCGUCAACUGGCUGUCCAACUUUAUCAUUGGCAUUGCCGUUCCUCCAAUGCUCGAGAAUAUUCAGUUUGGGACCUAUGUAUUCUUUGCCUGUUUCUGCGGACUGGCUGGCAUAUGGGCGGUGCUUCUUGUCCCGGAGACUAAGGGCAAGACUCUCGAGGAGAUUGAUGUCUUGUUCGGGGACACCAGCACGAGGGAAGAGAUGGAGGUUAUGAAGGUGGCUGCCUCUGCGGCUGACCAGGUUGCUGCCGAGCAGCAUGUAUAA